GUUUUUUUUCACAUAAUUAUUAUUGCAACGAUUCAUGAAACGUGAAAAAACUAUAAUACUUUGCAAAAUAAAUAGGAAAUUGGACUAAAAAUGGGUGCUCUGGCCAGCAGGCAGCACGCUGGUGUGGAGGAAGCUGACGUAGUUUCCAAUCAUGCCUAUAAGUACCCACCGAGAUCGGGCAACUACUUUGGAAGUCAUUUCAUAAUGGGAGGAGAAAGAUUUGACACUCCCCAGCCAGAAGCCUAUUUGUUUGGUGAAAAUGCAGAUCUUAACUUUCUUGGCAGCAGACCUACACCAUUUCCCUAUCCUCCACCGCAGUCUAACGAGCCAACAAAAACACUAAGGAGUCUGAUCAACAUUCGCAAGGAAUCUUUGAGAUUUGUGCGAUGUCCCGAACCCGUAGGCAAGUUAACGGAUAACAAGAUUGGUGAUGGAGUCCUCAAGUCGGUGGAAUGUAACGGCAAAGGCACAUAUUACAAUAUUGAGUUCACGUUUGACUGUGAUGCGAGAUGUGCUAUCACUGUGUUCUACUUCUGUACAGAAGAGGUUACCCCCACUGGGGUAGUAUACUACCCUCGCGAUCCAUCUAUGACAUCUCAGACAUACCACUACAAGAAGGGCGCCAACCAGCAGUUCUGUCAGAUCUUACACGUGUUUGACCCCUCCAAGUUCGCUGAUGAGGACUUGUCAUACAACCCUGACAGAGAGAUAAUACCCAUUGCCAUCUAUUGUGUUGUGGAUGAAGGACAAGAUGAAAUAAGGCAGUCACACACCACUAUAGCGGUGGUGGAGAAGCACUCUGACGGCACGUACGUGCUGAAGGCGCUCAAGCAGAAGCUGUUUGUGGACGGCCUGUGCUACUUGCUGCAGGAGAUCUACGGCAUCGAGAACAAGAACCUGGACACUAAGCCGAGUUCGGACGAAGAAACGGAAGACGGCGGUUCGGAGUGUGUGAUCUGCAUGUGCGACGUCCGCGACACGCUCAUCCUGCCGUGCCGCCACCUGUGCCUGUGCAACUCGUGCGCGGACUCGCUGCGGUACCAGGCCAACAACUGCCCCAUCUGCCGCGCGCCCUUCCGCGCCCUGCUGCAGAUACGCGCCCUGCAGCGCAUCACCAACCCCACCGCGGCUGCCGCCGCCAGCCCGCCCGAUGGUAGUAUGGAGAACAUCCCCGCAGGCUACGAGCCGGUGUCGCUGAUCGAGGCGCUGAACGGCCCGCCGCCCGCGCGCGUGCGCCCGCCGCCCGCCGCGCCCGCCAUCGCCAGUCCCGACACCGACACCGCCUCACAGGCAGCGGAGGUGCUGAACCGCUGCAACCUGGAGCGCAGCUCGUCCACCAGCCUGGGCAGCAGCGGCAGCCGCAAGCCGCCGCACCACCCGCUCACCCCUGAGUUCCGUAUGUCGGUGCUGCUGGCGCGCGAGGAGGAGAAGCGCGCGGAGGAGAAGGCCGCCAGCCCGCUGCUCAGCACGCGCAGCCAGGGCGGCGACACGCUACGUGCCUCGAAGAGCUCGCUCAACUCUCUCGCGCACUCGGAGGAGCUGGAGGAGGAAAGCACGCCGAUGGCGGGGGAGGCGAGCGAGGCGCCCGAGGCGGAGGCCGAGCCCGACAGCGACGCGGAGCGACGCUCGCCGCUGCUCACCCAGCUCACUAACGGUGUGGCGAAGGGCGCCGGAGUGGGAGGAGCUUCGGAGGCGCUGCGCGGCUCGCCGCUCGCGCACAUUGACGACACCGACACCGACGAGCCCGACCAGCCGCCUCUGUCGGAGGGGGCGGGGGCGGAGGGCGCGGUGGCGGAGGGCGCGCCGGCCGACGACUCGGACUACUUCACGCCGGAAGACACCGCCACCACCAUACUGACUGUUCCCAAGCAAUCCGAGGCGGUGAGCGGAGCGGCCGAGUGCGCCGCGCAGCGCUGGGCGCUGCCGCACCACGUCACGUCUCUCCCUGGCACGCCGCUGUCGCAGUCGAGCGUGCGCUCGUCGGGCGACUCGUACAGCUCCACGUCCUCCACGCGCCAGCUGCUGGCCGCCGCGCCGCUCGCCGCCCACACGCCGUGCUAGCGCCCACCGCGCCCAUCGCGCCCACAUCGCCUCGCGCUGCGCGAGCCCACGCUCCGCCACUUCGAGGGCACCUUCUAGACGUGGGCGCGACGACAUCGCGUACAGUGUACAUGAAACCCCGCUUGACUUUAGCCCUACCCUUGUGAGCUUCUGGAUAACAUUGGCACGGUAGCUCGACGUCUUUGACCUCGGUAUAUGAUGACCGCUACUAUUCUUCAACAUAGGGCCCUGACUACGUAGGCCAGUUUGGGUCACUCCUUUGUUACCACAGGAUUACUGUUUAGACAGCUUCGUCGAACGUCUGGAUGUAAUAUCAUAUUCUUACUGUGUGCCUUAACCAUACCCUCGUGAGAACGACGAGUAACGAGGCGUGGUCGGUCCCUAGUGCUCCGUCGUCCAUAGUAGAGCUCCAUAGUGGUAGGAUGAAACUUCGUGACGUUUUUAGUCGGUACGAGUCCGACAUAACCACUGCUCCAUGAUGUGGUAUCCAUGACGGAUUUUCCUCACAAAAAAAAAAUUGAUUGCUGUGACGGCUUCGUCGAGUCUCUGAAUGUAAUAUCAUAUCUGUACUCUGUGUUUAUAGUUACAUUCGGCGUCGAGUUAAAAUACCUCUGGAAAACUGAGGGGAUGUACUAACAUAAUAUAGACACUGUAUACUGCCUGGGUAGCUGGGUUGGUUACCAAUACCAAAAUUAACGUUUAAAACUACCAAAACAUUUUGAUUACAUUGAAAAGAUUAUGUUAAUAGUAGCGGUAUACCAAUAUUAUAUAAGUUACUAACAUACAUGAUUACAUAAUAUAGUGUCAAGUAGCCCUAUGUAAAUAAUGUAUUUCAUUUGUUUGACUAGAGUAACUAUUUGCAUACAUAUAACAAUAAUAUUUGAUUUCCAUAAAUGGAUCUUAGGCUCAAUUUACAUUGAUAGCGAACCGGAGCGAAUAUUACCUGGCGUAUUGAUAUUUAUCUCCACUACGUAAACCAAAAAUUUCUUGCCCAAAUAGAAAAUUCGCGCGAAUGCUCGCAUCUUUCUGGGUUUGUUCCUGACAUUGUGACAAAAUAAAUUUAGAAAUUCGCUUCGAUUCCCUAUCAAAGUUUAUGUAAUUGUCAAAUUAGAAGAUAAAAAUUUUGAGUUGAUUCUUAAUUUUGUUGGAAUAUUAUAAUAACUUUAAAUUGACUUAAAUAACCAUGUAAUUAUUGUUUUCGAUAGGUGUAGGCAAUCUAUGUUAUUAUAAUUUGUAAGAUAUAGAUAAGAGAUGUUUAGAGAGUAAGCAAUAUUUAAAAAUCAAUUGGUACAGCACUAAUUUUGUUUCUCAUAGUCAUGCUAUAAGAGUAAGAUCCAUCAAAAUGUGAAAAGUUUUACAGUGGCUAUUGUAACAUUUUUAUAAGUGUCUUAUGCCCAAUUUCAAUAGCAUAUUACAAAUUUUUAAUGCAAGUUUAAGUACAAAAAAUACGAUAACCAACUGCUCUUUCUACUUUCGUGCUGCAUACUGUAUCAUAUUGCAACAAUUUAGUAAAAUAUAUAUUAGCAUGUUUCUGUAUAGUUUAUACUAUGUAUUAGACUGAUAUAAAGCAUUCCUCCUGUAUUAUUGAAUCUCAAAUGUGUGAAUAAAUUAUAAAUGUUGUAUGAUUAAAAAGGUAUAAAAUUACUUUCAAUUAAAUAUAUUGUUUAU